CAUUGGGGGGUUUUUUGUUUUGUUUUGUUUGGUGUACUUGAGGAUUUUUGUCAUGGGUCAAGGGUGGAAAAGGUUACCCUUGAUGGUAGUCGUUUUGCUACUUUGGAGGAGUUCUGUUUGAUUUCUAUAGUGGGCGCUUAUUCCAAUGCACAUCAGUGGGGUCAGCCUUCUGACACUUUCUCACCUCGUGCGGUCCAGUCUUCUAUGUCAGAGGCCCGUGUGAUUGGGACUUUGCCUGUUGAAGAAGUGGGCUUUACUUUGUUCCCUAACAAACCCUUGAAAAGCAGGUCAAAGUUGAAUCUACUCCAGUUUGUCAAAGGUGGUUCUAGUAGCUAUCAGUCAGUGUCCCAUGCCCAGACUGCUCCAAGCAGCUAUGCCUUGGCUUCCUUACCUCUGCCCCCAGUUCAACAGCCUUCAAGCAGUUUGAUGUCCUCUGGAUCAACCAUUCCAGGUGUUGCUAGUGGAUUGAGUUUGGAGACCCAGUAUGCUGCAAGUGGUUCUGGACACCUUGUUUCUAUACAAGGCGAGAGUAGUAGCUACCCUGCCAAGCUUGGCGUUUCUGGCCAGUCCACUGGUGAUGGUUUGCAUGUGUUCAGCUCCCAGGAAACCUCGGUUCAUCAAUCAGCAGAAGCCUCUUUGCCGGUGUUCUCUCAGAGUAUCUCUUACAGCAGUUCAUCUGCUCCAGGCAGCUCUGGCAUCCAGGCUGGGUCCUCUACUCCCUUCACCCUGCUGGGAAGCACUGCUUAUGGUGGAUCAUCUCCACUUCAAGAUGCUGCUAGUCAAUUUGUCCCUGGGUCUUCAUCCCCAUAUGCAAGUGUGUCAUUGUCCUCACCCCAAGCGGGUCCAUCUACUACUGUUCCGGCUUCUCUGAAUCAACUUGCUUCUACCUUCACGGGCAGCUCUGGCACCCAGGCAGGGUCCUCUACUCCCUUCACUCUGCAGAGAAGCACCGCUUAUGGUGGAUCACGUCAACCUCAAGAUUCCACAAGUCAGUUUGCCCCUGGACCUCAAUCCCCCUAUGCAAGUGUGUCCCUGUCCUCACCCCAAGCUGUUGCUAGUCCUAGUACGGUUCACGGAAGCGGUUUACUUCUGUAUAUAGAGGCAGCUCUGGGCCUCAAUUUGGAGCUUCUACUGGUUUUGCCCCAGAAAGAGAGAAUGGCCUUUACAGUGGUUUGGUCCAGUCUCAAGAUCCUGCAAGUCAAUUUGCCCCUGGAUCUAAAUCCUCCUAUGCAAGUGUAUCACUGUCCUUACCACAAGCUGGUCCAUCUACUACUGUUCAGGAUUCUCGGAAGCAGUUUACCUCUACCUUCACAGGCAGCUCUGGCACCCAGGCAGGGUCCUCCACUUGCUUCACCCUGCUGGGAAGCACUGCUUAUGGUGGAUCAUCUCGGCCUCAAGAUGCUGCUAGUCAGUUUAUCCCUGGGUCUUCAUCCCCAUAUGCAAGUGUGUCAUCGUCCACAUCCCAAGGUGUUGCUAGUCAGUCCAGCCAAGCAUAUCAAGGCUUUUCUGUGUCCCAAGGCCAGAAGUCUCCAAGAUGGCAGCCUUCAUCCACUCGUUGGACACAAGGUAUUCAGCCUUCAGAUGCAGCUGUAUUGCAGGGCAGUUCAUCUCAAAGCUCUCCAAUGCAGUUCUCUUCCCUGUCAUCUGCAGGAGGCUCCUCUUCAAGAGUUUCUGGUCCGUUUGUUUUUGCACAGGGGGGUAGCACCAGUUAUAGUGGCUCUGUCCAAUCUCAAAGCCUCUCUACCAAGUAUACCCCUGGGUCCCAGCUCUUGCCUUAUGAUCCAAGUGUUUCUGGGCAAGGUACAUCCAGUCCUUCAGCUUCUGAGGUCUUGAGUAGCUACAGUUCAAUGAACAACCAGAAUGCUCCUGCUCUAUCCCGCAGCUCUUCUUCAAGCCACUUCUACUCAGUCAAGGGAUAAAAGACUCUGGUAAACUGCCACAUGAUGUAAAUGUCUUCCAGAACUGAAACCCCAGUAAAUCUUUCAAAGCAGUUUUCUUGGUGUCUUUUGGCUUUAUAUAUUUAAAGUUACAGUUUUUAAAGGAUGGUGGUACUUUGUAGUUUAGUUACUGUAAGUGUUAAAGGGUGCCACGAAGUGGUUAAACUGCUUUCCCACGAAUGUUUGGUUUAAUAUGCUGAAGGGUUUGAAAAGUGGCACUUGGUUUCUGAUGACUUCAGUGUAUACACUGACCAAGGGUGUUUUAACAUGAUGCCCACUUGGGGAGGGGGGGGGCGUAUAGGAAUUAUUCAGACUAUAGGAAUGCAUGUGUGCAGGUGCAUAGUAUUCCUUCGCAAAGUGACUGCCAAAUACUUGUUACUGAUUGUAAUAACAGAACUAUGUCACUAACUUUUUUUAAAUUUUUUUUUAAAUGUGUGGCUUGGGCAUAGUUUAAAAUAAAUGUGAUAUUGCUAUAGGUUUAAUUGUGAUAUUCAAAUAUCAGUGAUCUGUAUCCGCC